AUGUCGCUCGCCUCGUGGAAAACCCUUGCCUUGAUCCUUGCUGUGAUCAAUUUGAAGAGCCUCCCGUUUGUCUGGCAUGAUCAGUUCCGCGUGCUGUAUCACUUCGUGGGCAACUUGCGUUUCAAACCCAGCGACCCAUUUUUCCCCAAGGGAAGAGCAGUUGUGGAUGCGCAAGGCAAGCCGACACAUCCUGUCUUUGUGCCUCGCAUGGUCACAUCCCGCACGCCGCUGUUGGAGACUGAUUACAAUCUGCACAAGUCCAACAGCACUUACUUUGCAGACUUGGAUAUUUCUCGUACUGCGCUUGUGAGUCGACUUUACAGUCCGGGUGUGGGCAUUGUGAGCAAGGAGCUCGAUGAGGAGUUCUUGGCUGCAAGCAAGAAAGAGGGCAAGCGUGCCCCGAAGCGCAAGGCGAUCUCUAUCGUACUCGGAUCGGUCUACUGCACCUUCAAGCGUGAAAUCAAACCAUUUGAACUGUAUGAGAUGCACUCCAAGGUGAUCUCCUGGGAUAAAAAGUGGAUGUAUAUCUUGACCUGCUUCAUGCGACCUGCCCGCGGUGGCGGCGAAAAGACCAUGCUUGCCGUGGCCGUCAGCAAGUAUGUGGUUAAGAAAGGCCGACUCACUGUUGCGCCAGAACGGAUCCUGCGCGCAAGUGGGUUCCUCCCCGCCCCGCCAGCGGGGAUCGAAGCCAAGGCCACACCAGCCGACUCUUCCGCCGACGCUUCCGGCGUUGAUACCCCUGGUAGCACUGAAGGUAUCACUGCAACGGGGGUAGAUGGGUCGCUAGUUCGGGAAGUACUGAAGCUGAGCGAGGACCAGAUCCCCGGCCAGGAAACUCUCGAGAAGCAGCAGAAAGAGAAUACCGACCUGUGGAGCUCGGAGGAAUGGACGUGGGAGCGCAUCGACCAGGAACGGCAGCGGGGACUAAAGGUUGUGGAUGGAUAUACUACGUUGGAUGACAAGUUGUUUGACGAGUGGAAACAAUAG